CCUACUGCUGUUGUGUUGCAAAUCUUUCCUGGCUCCUCCCUCAUGUUGUAGACCAAAUCAUUGAAUGGCCUGAAUACUCAUCAGUUUGAAGACUCGCUACAGCUGUGUGUAAAUCUCUUUUACUAUGGCUUUAGUGGAAACACUUCUCCUGAAUGUCUCCAGCACAGGAGCUUUACUUGCUGCUCUUCUGCUGCUUUUGGUUAUUUAUUUCUGCUUCAGGUCUCCAGAAGAUGACCAAGAACCUCCAGGACCCAAACCACUGCCACUCGUUGGAAACCUGCACCUUCUGGACCUUAAACAACUUCAUGUGAGCCUCUGGAAUUUAUCCAAGAAAUAUGGGCCAGUGUUCAAAGUUCAUCUUGGACCCAAAAAGAUUGUGGUUUUGGCUGGAUACAAGACGGUUAAACAAGCACUGGUGAACCAGGCUGACGAAUUCGGGGAAAGAGACAUAACACCCAUAUUCCUAGACAUCAGUAAAGGACACGGAGUCAUCUUUACGAAUGGUGAUAGGUGGAAAACCAUGAGAAGAUUUGCCCUCUCAACUCUUCGAGAUUUUGGGAUGGGAAAAAAACUGAGCGAAGAAAAAAUUAUUCAGGAGACGCGAUAUCUGCGGGAAGUGUUUGAGAACUUUAAAGGAAAUCCUUUUGAUACAUCCCAGCCCAUAAAUUAUGCCGUUUCCAACAUCAUCUCAGCUAUUGUUUAUGGAAAUCGUUUUGAAUAUGACGACCCAACGUUUAAAGAAAUAGUCGACGGGGCAAACCAUAACGUCCUCCUGACCGGCUCUGCUGCCAUACAGAUCUACAACGUGUUUCCAGUGCUUAGGCCGUGGCUGAAGACGUGGAGACUGCUAAUGGAACGUGUGGAGAGCAACCAUGCUGAUAUGCAGAUGCUGGUGGAUCGCUUACGGGAGACCUUUAACCCUCUCGACUGCAGAGGAUUAGUUGAUGCCUUCUUCAUCCAAAAACAAAGCUUAGAGAAAUCUGGAGAAAAUGAUUCGCAAUUUAAUGAUCUGAACCUGCUCAUGACUGUGGCCAACCUGUUUGCUGCCGGUACUGACACCACCGGCACAACGCUACGCUGGGGUUUACUGCUCAUGGCCAAAUAUCCUCACAUACAAGAUCAGGUUCAUGAGGAAAUUGACAGGGUGCUUGGCGGACGUGAAGCGGUUAAAGAGGAAAGGAAGAAUUUACCUUACACAGACGCUGUCAUCCAUGAAAUCCAGAGACUGGCAAAUUUAGUGCCCUUGAAUCUGCCACAUAAAACCAGCUGUGAUGUGAACUUCAAUGGAUAUCUCAUCAAGAAGGGGACGUGUGUUCUGCCACUGCUAACGUCUGUUUUGAGAGAUGAGAGCGAGUGGGAGACGCCCAACACUUUCAAUCCUGAACACUUCCUCAAUGAGAACGGUCAGCUGAUCAAACGUGACGCCUUCAUGCCCUUCUCUGCAGGACGCAGGAUUUGUUUAGGAGAGGGUUUGGCCAGGAUGGAGCUCUUUCUGUUCUUCACUUCUCUUCUUCAGUGUUUUCACUUCAAUCCUCCACCUGGAGUCUCUGAAGAUGAAUUGGAUCUCACACCAGUUGUGGGUCUCAUAUUGAAUCCUUCAGCUCACAAACUGUGUGCAGUCAGUAGGGCAGAAAAACACAACCUCAAAUUAUAAAUAAAAUAGCAGAAUAACUAGUUAAAAGUAUACCUCAUGAUUGUAAAACAUAAAGACUCUUAUAUUAUUUUAUAUGAGUCUUAGACUAUUAUAUUAUCUCAUUGACUUUUAUUGUACAUUGAAAUGGCAUUAUUCUUUGUGUAUGAACUUGACCGUUAUGAAAAGCUAUUCAUUGAUAUAAACGGCAACAUGUGAAAUGUAUUUAGCCUGGAUUUUUGCGUAAUUCGACCCCAGAUAGCAAUAGACUGCUUGGCGGAUCUGCAUAGCUUUGCUGUAUCGCAGUCUGUUGUCAGGGUCGGACAUUACAUUGCUUCUGUAACUUUUAAUAUAUGAAUUGAAUAUA